AUGCCUGUAAGUAUGAACAAGCUGAUUUUAGUACUGGGAAUGUUACGUUGGGAACAAGGUGAAUUUGUAACUCCUUCUCUCCCCCAAGCUCCCAACUGUGGGCAGCGUCUAAUUAAGACACGACCUUGGAGUAACUUUAACAUUUUCAGUCGCAUAGUUGGGGGAAGCCAUGUGGAAAAGGGCUCCUAUCCCUGGCAGGUGUCUCUGAAACGAAGGCAGAAGCAUAUAUGUGGAGGAACCAUCAUCUCCCCUCAGUGGGUGAUCACGGCAGCUCACUGUGUCACAAAGAGAAACAGUGUGUCAAACUUGAAUGUUACUGCUGGAGAACAUGACUUGAGCCAGACAGAGCCAGAAGAGCAAACGUUCGCCAUCAAGACUGUCAUUAUACACCCACAUUUCUCCGCCAAGAAACCAAUGGACUACGAUAUUGCUCUUUUGAAGAUGGCUGGAACCUUCCAGUUUGGCCAGUUUGUGGGGCCCCUGUGUCUUCCAAAGCCAGGGGAGCGAUUUGCAGCUGGAUUUAUUUGUACAACUGCAGGCUGGGGCCGCUUGACUGAAGAUGGUGUCUUCUCGCAAGUCUUGCAGGAAGUGAACCUGCCUAUUCUGAGCCAGGAGGAGUGUGUGGCAGCUUUGCUAACCCUAAAGAGGCCCAUUAGUGGAAAGACCUUUCUCUGCACAGGCUUCCCUGAUGGGGGGAGAGAUGCAUGCCAGGGAGAUUCAGGAGGUUCGCUCAUGUGCCAAAAUAAGAAAGGUGCCUGGAUUCUGGCUGGUGUGACUUCCUGGGGUUUUGGUUGUGGUCGAGGCUGGAGAAACAAUGGAGGCUGGAGAAACAAUGAGCAGGAAAAUGAGCAAGGAUCCCCUGGGAUCUUCACAGAUCUUAGUAAAGUGCUUCCCUGGAUCCACGAACAUAUCCAAACUGGGAAUCGGAGAAAGAGCUCCAGAGCCUCAUGCAGUGAGCAGGAUGGCGUAGUCAGCGGGUCUGAGGGGGAACUGCACUUCCCAGAAAGCCUCCACCUGUAUUAUGAAAGCAAGCAACUGUGUGUCUGGACCCUGCUGGUAGCACAGGAAAUGCAUGUGCUGCUCAAUUUUUCCCGCUUGGAUGUGGAGUCUUGUCAGCACAAUUACCUGUCAAUGUAUUCUUUAGAAGGCAGACUCUUUGGAAAACUCUGUGGAGAAAGCCUCACCUCAGCCAUUCUUGUGGGUUCCAAUACCAUGAGGCUGGAGUUUAUGUCUGAUGUCACAGAUUAUGCUGCUGGGUUUAAUCUCACCUACAAAGCGCUUAAACCAAACUACCUUCCUGAUUCAGGUUGCCAUUCUUUAACUGUCCUUUUUGAAGAAGGCGUCAUACAGAGUCUUCGCUAUCCUGAGAACUACAGUGACAUGGCUAACUGUAAUUGGAUUUUCCAAGCCCCCAGACAUCACCUAAUUAAGCUUUCAUUUCAGAGUUUUGAAAUAGAAGAAAAUGGAGAUUGCACUUCUGACUAUGUGACAGUACACAAAGAUGUAGAAGGGAAGAAGGAAAUAGCUCGGAUGUGUGGCUAUGCUGUGCCCAGCCCUGUGCUGAGCUUCUCCGGGGUCAUGCUCAUCAGCUUCCAAUCAGAUGAAAACGGCAACUCCAAAGGCUUUCAGGCUACCGUCUCCUUCACUCCUGGAGCAGGUUUAAACAUCUCCACAUCAGAGGAUGAGUCACAGUCUCCAGAGACACAGAAAGUGCCACCUGGAGAAAUCAACGCUCCUGGUAAAUGUUCUGGGGAAUGUGACGAAGUGAUACUCCUAGGGUACAUCCCAGGGUUGGCCCAGAGAAACAAGCAUGAUGGGUUGAACUAUGUCUUCCUCCCAAAACAACAACUUCAAGAUGCAAAGAAGCCCCAGAUAGAAAUGUUUUCUGAAGUUGACUGCAGUGGCACCUUCUCAUGGCCACCAUGGGUACCUACUGCAAUGCUCAAAACAAAGUCAGUGCCAAAUAACAAUGUGACAGAUAAAACUAAAGAAUCUACAAAUAACUUCCAAGAUCCAGGUUCUAGGUAUACUUUAUGA